CCUUCAUAAGCACAUUGAGUUGUUGAAGUUGCUGUAACCCCUGCACGGACUAGUAUCUACCAGCAUUCAGGCGUCUCUUCAAAAUACACAAUGGCGGCUUACGAAGCGACAGUUGCUUCGGCGAGGGCCAAGCGUGAUGAGUCCCUCGCCAAGGUUUCCCCCAAAUUGGAGGGGAUCCCAGAGGAACUACCCCUCAACUCCCAGGGUCUGCCCAAGGCCAUCUUGACCGAACGUGAGAUUGAAAUCACCGAAAACUACUCCGUCACAGAGUUGCUUUCUCUUUUGCGAGAGCGAAAGAUCAAGGUGGAAGAGGUCACGAGGGCGUUUUUGCGGAGAGCCGCGUUGGCCCAGGCUGCUACAAAUUGUCUUGUGGAACUCAUGUGGGACGAGGCGAUUGCCCGUGCUCAGCACCUCGAUUCACUCCCCGAGCCGAAAGGAAUGCUGUUUGGUCUUCCAAUCUCCACCAAGGAGCAUCAUGGCAUGGUGGGCGAGAAUGUCACCACCAAUGCAUCAUUUGUAGCCUGGAUUGGCAAGCCUCAUGGGUCCAACCUGCUCUAUGACACUCUUUACGAUGAAGGUUGUGUCUUUUAUGCGCGAACUACUCAACCGCAAACAAUUAUGCACCUCGAGACUAUCAGUGUUGUCUAUGGUCGAACGGUUAACCCCUAUAACCGCGACCUGACAUCUGGAGGAAGCAGUGGUGGUGAAUCUGCUCUUUUGGGUAUCCGUGGAAGUAUCUUGGGCGUUGGUGGUGAUAUUGGUGGUAGCAUCCGAUGUCCUGCAGCCCACGUUGGUGUUUACGGGUUCAAGCCAACUCUCAAGCGCAUCUCAGUCAUGGGCGGACGAGCACCCAUGGCUGGCAAGGAGACCAUCGCCUCAACCCCAGGCCCCAUGACAGUCGACCGUGAAGCUCUGGAGCUGUUCAUGAAGGCCGCCCUGGCAUCCAAGCCUUGGAAGAUUGACCCUUCGCUGACUGUCAAGGAAUGGACCCCGUACACUUUUACGAGACCUAUCAAGGUCGCCGUUAUGUGGUGGGAUGGCGUUGUGCAGCCCCAUCCCCCCAUGACCCGGGCCUUGACCGAAGUUGCGGAAGCUUGUCGAAAGGCAGGCAUGGAGGUUGUGGAUUGGGAUCCCGUGCCGCUUUUCCAUGACAAGGCCUGGGAUAUCAUCUCCGAGUUGUACUGGCCUGACGGUGGCGAGGAGGCUCUCAAGACUAUGGAGGCUAGUGGAGAGCCUAUUCUGCCCCUCACCAAGUUUAUCAUUCAGGAGCAGCCCAAGGUCAAGAACCACACUCAACAUGAGCUUUGGAAGCUUUGCACUGAGCGAGAGGAUUACCGCGCUGCAUACGCACGCGCCUGGACAAACACAGGUAAAGACGGACAAGAGGUCGAUGUCAUCCUCUGCCCACCCUCUUUCGGAGCCGCUACACCCCACGAUCAGUCACGCUACUGGGGAUACACAGCCCAAUGGAACCUCCUCGAUUACCCAGCAGCAGUCUUCCCAGUCACGACUGUCGAUCCUACCAAGGAUGUCAAGAAUACUGGCUACGUGCCCAAGAACGACCAAGACAAGUUUGUGUACGACAUGUAUAGCCCAGAGAAGUACAAGGAUGCUCCCGUCAGCUUGCAACUUGUUGGCCGACGACAGUAUGAUGAAAAGAAUGCCAAGAGAGGUAUCUUUCUGCAGGAUAACCCCUUGGUAAGUCCAGGGACCAAGGGGGCUAGAUGCCGUGGCGUAGCCGACGCGGUAGUUCUCAGACCCGGUAUCAUCGAUAGAAUAUGUCAGGUGAUAAGUUCCAUCGCGAUAGUUGACAAAGAGACCCUCUCGGAAGUUGACGAGUCCUUCAAUCCUCUUCCAGCCGGGCUUGAGAGAAAUCAUGUCGUCAGCCAACUCGGCGACAAUGGGUACGCCGUUGCCCCAGUAGAUGUAGUACUUUCCAGUCUCUGGAGCUUCAAAAACAUCAAAAUGACAACAAAACGAACAAUUCUCCUGACGGGCUGCUCUGAUGGCAGUCUCGGCUCUGCCCUCGCCAUCGCCCUUCACAAACGCGACUGGCGCGUCUUUGCCUCUGCGCGCAACCUUGCAAAAUUGACGGCCGUGAAGAAUGCAGGCAUUGAGUGCAUCCAGCUUGAUGUUGGUUCCGAAGAGUCAAUUGCUGCUGCUGUGGAACAUGUCAAGCAACUGACCGGCGGCUCCUUGGAUGGACUCGUCAACAAUGCUGGCACAGGCUAUAGCAUGCCCAUUAUCCACAUCGACAUCGAAAAGGCUCACGACUUGUUCGAGCUCAACGUCUUUUCCAUCAUUCGUGUCACUCGGGCGUUUCUACCCCUGCUGCUCAAGUCAGACCGCAACCCCAUCAUCGCCAACAACACCUCAGGAUCAAGCCUUCUUGGCUGUGCGUUGCCUUUCCAGGGAGCAUACGGUGCUUCCAAAGCUGCGGCAACCAGCAUAACCGAAAGUCUUCGCAUUGAACUUGACCCUUUUGGCAUUCGUGUCAUCAACCUCUUGACUGGCGGUGUCAAGUCGACCUUUCAUGACAACUCCCCUCAUCCUGUGCUUCCUGCGGACUCAAUCUACAACCUUGCCAAGGAAGACAUCGAGGCCACAAUGUCCGGAAAAGAGAAAGGCAUUGUCAAGCCCGAUGCGACGACAUGGGCGAAUCAGGUUGCUGCGGAUAUUAGCCAGCGUAAACCACCGUAUCUAGUGUCGAGAGGAGGAAAGGCAGGUACAGCUCGACUCGCCACUUUGCUUCCUAUUGGCUUGACAGAUGGUACCAUGAAGAAGAUGGCGGGUAUAGAUGUGCUGGAGAAGAAGAUUCAAGACAAGGGUGGGUUGGAAAAGAUCAAGCAGUCUUGA